CGGGCCAGUUUCCCCUCUCAAGUGCCCAGCAGGCUGAGCGGUUCGAGGUGGGGCCAGCUUCGAUCUUUGCAAAGGAGAAGCGGCGCUUGUUUCGUACGGUUGGCGGGUGAACCAUGCAGGCAAGUUCUAAGCAAGCGGUGCAGGCGGCGGCGCAGGAGCUGCUGAAGUUUGUACACCGGAGUCCCUCCCCUUAUCAUGUUGUUGCUGAAUGCAGGAGCCGCCUGCUUCAGGCUGGUUUCCAGGAGUUGAAGGAAACUGAACACUGGGAUAUCCAGCCUGACCGAAAGUAUUUUGUGACCAGAAACUUCUCGACAGUGAUUGCCUUUGCUGUUGGUGGACAGUACGAGCCAGGCAAUGGCUUCAGUGUGAUUGGAGCCCACACAGACAGUCCAUGUCUUCGGGUGAAGCGCUGCUCAAAGCGUAGCCAGGAGGGUACAGUCCAGGUGGCUGUCGAGACAUAUGGAGGUGGCAUCUGGAACACCUGGUUUGACCGCGACCUCUCUGUUGCGGGAAGAGUCAUUGUCAAGGACUUGUCCACAGGGCGGCUGGAGCAGCAGCUGGUGAGAGUGGAGCAGCCCAUUCUCCGCAUCCCACAUCUGGCCAUCCAUCUCCAGCGCAGUGUGAAUGAGAGCUUUGGACCAAACACAGAGCAGCACCUGGUCCCAAUUCUGGCCACAGAAGUCCAGGAGGCACUGGGAAAAAAGACAUCCAAGACAGAGGCGGCUUGCACCUCAUCUCUCCAGACUCGUCACCCUCCAGCUCUGCUGUCCCUUCUCUGCUCCCAGCUGAAGGUGAAACCUGAGCAGGUGGUGGAGAUGGAGCUGUGUCUGAUGGACACACAGCCUCCAGCACUAGGUGGCGCCUUCAAUGAGUUCAUAUUUUCCCCUCGUCUGGACAACCUCCACAGCUGCUACUGUGCUCUGCAGGCUCUGAUUGAAUCUAGUGAAGGGCCUGGAGCUCUUGCCCAAGAGCCGAAUGUACGCCUGGUUGCACUUUAUGACAAUGAGGAGGUUGGUUCAGAAAGUGCACAAGGGGCCGCAUCGCUCCUCACUGAACUUGUUCUUCGGCGCAUCUCGGCUUCACCCCAGAACUUGACGGCAUUUGAGGAAGCCAUACCAAAAUCCUGCAUGAUCAGUGCUGACAUGGCCCACGCUGUGCACCCCAAUUAUCCGGACAAGCAUGAUAAGAACCACCGUCCUGAGUUCCAUAAGGGCCCGACAAUCAAAGUGAACAGCAACCAACGCUAUGCCUCUACUGCUAUCACUGAGGCACUGAUCCGAGAAAUUGCCAGCCGUGUGGACAUCCCCCUGCAGGAAUUAAUGGUUCGGAAUGACUCUCCCUGUGGCUCAACCAUUGGGCCCAUCCUGGCCUCCCACCUUGGCUUGCGCGUUCUGGACAUGGGAUGUCCGCAGCUGGCCAUGCACUCCAUUCGUGAGAUGUGCUGCACCUCAGGGGUCCUGCAGUCCAUCACUCUAUUCAGGGCCUUCUUUGAGCUGUUUCCAGUGUUGGAUCAGGGACUGCUCAGCAACUGAAGGGCAUCGCAAAUGCAGGAAGAGGCUACCCUCCCCAACUCCCAGGCUGGAUAGCAAUUAAAGCAUAUGUUGUUGUACA